AUGGGAACUAUUGAAAUAUGGGCAGAACUUUUGGAGAACGCUAAAUGCUUGAUGGACUGUGAAGCUGUAGAAAUUUUACAAGGAAUCCAAGUGCAAAUGGUCAUACUUUCUGAAGAUCCAGCAAUUAAAAUCCCCAUUUCAUUUGACAGGGGACUACAGUAUGCCAAGAGGGGUAGCCAUUAUACAAGUCCACACUCUGUUAGACGAGUGCUUGAAAAUAGUGCUCUCAAACAGCACAAUGUUUCUGAUGGCGAGGUGUCCAUGAUUGCCAUUGUAGGUCCAGAAUCUGUGGAAGAAGUUUUUGCUCUUGUCCCGUCCUUGAAGGUGAAAGAAAUGGUGCUUUGUGGAGCUGGAGGAACCAGUGAUGCAAAACAGCCAUAUAUGGCUAGACUUUCUGCCCUAGCACCUGCUGUAUUGUGUGAUGGCGUUCAAGACCCAACAAGCAUGGCUUUCUUACUGCGGCCAAGUGAGCUCCUUUGUGUGAUGCCAAUUUCCGUUGUGAGAGGAGAAUCAUACUCAGGUGAAGCGGGAGCUAGGCAGUGGCAGGCGGAUCCAUUUCAUGCCAAUCCCAUCCCAGCUUCAUUGACUGCAAAACCAGAUGGGCAUCUCCAGAAACCACUCCCAAGGACGAUAGGAUUUUUUGGAGUAAGGCAUUUAUGCAUGUGGGCAGGGUUUGUUUCUCCCCUUGGCUCCUCACGUUCUUGUGGAGUCUAG